AUGUCCCUGGCUCGUAUAGUGCCUCUGGCUCGUAUAGUGUCCCUGGCUCGUAUUGUGCCCCUGGCUCGUAUAGUGCCCCUGGCUCGAAUAGUGCCCCUGGUUCGUAUAGUGCCCCUGGCUCGUAUUGUGCCCCUGCCUCAUAUUGUGCCCCUGGCUCGUAUAGUGUCCCUGGCUCGUAUUGUGCCCCUGGCUCGUACUGUGCCCCUGGCUCGUAUAGUGCCCCUGGCUCGUAUAGUUCCCCUGGCUCGUAUUGUGCCCCUGGCUCGUAUAGUGUCCCUGGCUCGUAUUGUGCCCCUGGCUCGUAUUGUGCCCCUGGCUGGUGUAGUGUCCCUGGCUCAUAUUGUGCCCCUGGCUCGUAUUGUGCCCCUGGCUCGUAUAGUGCCCCUGGCUCGUAUAGUUCCCCUUGCUCCUAUUGUGCCCCUGGCUAGUAUAGUGUCCCUGGCUCGUAUUGUGCCCCUGGCUCGUAUUGUGCCCCUGGUUCGUAUAGUGCCCCUGGCUCGUAUAGUUCCCCUGGCUCGUAUUGUGCCCCUGGCUCUGCCUCUGGCUCGUAUAGUGUCCCUGGCUCGUAUUGUGCCCCUGGCUCGUAUAGUGCCCCUGGCUCGAAUAGUGCCCCUGGUUCGUAUAGUGCCCCUGGCUCGUAUUGUGCCCCUGCCUCAUAUUGUGCCCCUGGCUCGUAUAGUGUCCCUGGCUCGUAUUGUGCCCCUGGCUCGUACUGUGCCCCUGGCUCGUAUAGUGCCCCUGGCUCGUAUAGUUCCCCUGGCUCGUAUUGUGCCCCUGGCUCGUAUAGUGUCCCUGGCUCGUAUUGUGCCCCUGGCUCGUAUUGUGCCCCUGGCUGGUGUAGUGUCCCUGGCUCAUAUUGUGCCCCUGGCUCGUAUUGUGCCCCUGGCUCGUAUAGUGCCCCUGGCUCGUAUAGUUCCCCUUGCUCAUAUUGUGCCCCUGGCUAGUAUAGUGUCCCUGGCUCGUAUUGUGCCCCUGGCUCGUAUUGUGCCCCUGGUUCGUAUAGUGCCCCUGGCUCGUAUAGUUCCCCUGGCUCGUAUUGUGCCCCUGGCUCGUAUAGUGUCCCUGGCUCGUAUUGUGCCCCUGGCUCGUAUUGUGCCCCUGGCUCGUAUAGUGCCCCUGGCUCGUAUAGUUCCCCUGGCUCGUAUUGUGCCCCUGGCUCGUAUAGUGUCCCUGGCUCAUAUUGUGCCCCUGGCUUGUAUUGUGCCCCUGGCUCGUAUAGUGCCCCUGGCUCGUAUAGUUCCCCUGGCUCGUAUUGUGCCCCUGGCUCGUAUUGUGCCCCCUGGCUCGUAUUGUGCUCAUGGCUCGUAUAGUGCCCCUGGCUCGUAUAGUGCCCCUGGCUCGUAUAGUGCCCCUGGCUUGUAUUGUGUCCCCUGGCUCGUAUAG